UCAUUCUGAAGUUCAACUGUUGACUUGCAGGAACUGAAAGGAAAGGAAGUGAAUCCAGGGAGGGUGCAGACUCAGGGAAGGAAAUGAGAAAAGCAGGAUUUGCAGACAGAAAUCUCAAAACAAGAUGCGACAGAGACACUUGAUUCAAUGGCAUAAGUAUAUCAUCAGGGUUUAAUCUAGCAGGGUUUGUUUUCGUUUCUUCUGUCCAGUCUGCUUCAAAGGGUUUCAAACAUCGGUGUGACUGAGGCACACAUGCCCAAGUGAGAGUGUUCUAGUGAACCGACUGUGGAAAGAGCUUUAAGCAGUUACGCAGACUGAAGUAACAACACACCUUUCACAGCGGCGAGAGACUGAACACGUUCUGUGUGUGUGUGUGUGUGUGUGUGAGAGAGAGAGAGAGAGAGAGAGAGCUAUCCCUCAACUCCUUGUUGAAGCUGGAGAGACAAGGAUUGAAUGGAGAAACCGUGGAAAUGUGGGGACUGCGGGCAGGGUUUCAAGUUCCCAUCUUCACUCGAACGCCAUCGCCGCGGUCACACCGGGGAGAGGCCGUUCUCCUGCUCGGUGUGCGGGAAGGACUUCAUUCAUUUGUCUAGCCUGGUGACCCACCAGCGGGUCCACACCGGGGAGAGGCCUUUCUCCUGCUCCGAGUGCGGGAAGGACUUCAUUCAUUUGUCGAGCCUGGUGACCCACCAGCGGGUCCACACCGGGGAGAGGCCGUUCUCCUGCCCCGAGUGCGGGAAGGGCUUCACUCAGUCGUCCAGCCUGGUGACCCACCAGCGGGUUCACACCGGGGAGAGGCCGUUCACCUGCUCCGUGUGCGGGAAGGGCUUCAAUCAUUUGUCCAACCUGCGGACCCACCAGCACGUUCACACGGGGGACAGGCCGUUCACCUGCUCCAUCUGCGGGAAGGGGUUCAACCAGGCGACGACCCUGCUGACCCACCGGCGCGGUCACACCGGAGAGAGGCCGUUCUCCUGCUCCGAGUGCGGGAAAGCGUUCACUAACUCGUCCAAACUGCAGAGCCACCGGCGGGUCCACACCGGGGAGAGGCCGUACGCCUGCUCGGUGUGCGGCAAGGGCUUCACCCAGUCGUCGGCCCUGCUGAGGCACUGCCGCGUUCACACCGGGGAGAAGCCGUUCUCCUGCUCCGUGUGCGGGAAAGCGUUCACCCAUUCAUCUACCCUGCGGACCCACCGGCGCCUUCACACCGGGGAAGAGGCCGUUCUCCUGUUCCGAGCGCGGGAAGGGCUUCACUCAGUCCACCCAUGUGCUGAGACACCGUUGCAGCGAAAAGUAGUAGAGAACGUUUUCUGAAGAAGGGUCUCGACCCGAAACGUCAGCCUUCCUGCUCCUCUGACGCUGCUUGGCCUGCUGUGUUCAUCCAGCUCUACACCUUGUUAUCUCAGAUUCUCCAGCAUCUACAGUUCCUACUAUUACUGAGAACUUUUAGAUUCUUUGUCUGUGCGGGUGUUUACUUGUAUUCAAGAGGGUAAACAUUCACUGGUCAGUUGAGCACAUAUUAAAAGACAUUUACUGCCAUGCAGCAUCGACUCGACUCAGGAGGUGUAUACCUGUCGUGUUUCGCCCUGCUAAGCGAUCUGCCCCAAGUACAGAUUGAGUCAGUGCUGGGGAAGGGUGAAACGUUAACUCUUGUUUUUUUAUUCCUUCACAGAUGCUGCCAGACCUGCUGAGCUUUUCCAGCAACUUCUGUUUUUGUGACAGAUGGGAUGCAGGUUCUCUCUUCGCCACGAGGUUGUCAGGAUGAUAACAUGGGAACGCUUGUUUUAGUGCUGAAAGUUGGACAAAAGAGGGAAAAAAAAUAAAGUUUCUGAUGGUGGCUUACAA